AUGUCUAAUAGUUUAACAAACGAUAAGAUCUCUUCUCCGGAAGUGUUGACCGAAACGAAUGGAAAGAAACGUUUGAAUUAUUAUUCUGUUGUGAACACAACCAACGGAUCCAAUGCUAAAAGUGAUGAUAAGAAGAGUAUAGAAAGUGAUGGAAAGAAUGUUACCACAAGUGAUGACAAGAUUACUAAUAAUAAGGAAAGGGAUGGUAAAGAAAAGGAUGAGAGGAAAAGACAGUUAUUAUGGGAAUCCAAGAAGAAGAAGAUAUAUAUUCAAUUGAUUCGCAAUGAGUCCAAGAGAUUGAUUGAAAUCAUAACUCCGAUCUCCGUUUUCUUGUCACUGAAGACAUUGCAAACGCAUCUCAAACUCAAGAGAUUUAGUUUACCGCUGAUGUCGACGAUAAUGAACGCAUCGGUUAAACGAAAACUGCAGAUAAAGGAGGAGCCUGUGGACGAGACAUCGGCGCCAGAGACAAAGCCGAAGCGAAAGAGACCAGAAUUGCCGGAAUAUUCUUUGGAUGUGAGGCUGAUAAUGCACCUGUUGCCGAAUGCCUUUCACAUAGGGAUAAUGAAGUGCAUGAAAAGGGUGACGUUCCCGGCCACCUACCCUGUCCUCAACGUGAGGAAAAUGCGGUUACUCAAGGCACCGCUGACGCCCGAGAAGAUUAGGGGUCGCAUCGAAAACGGGUUUCUUUUGGUGAACAACCAGAAGGUGGACAUCGAUUACAAACUCAAAGGACACGAUCUCCUCACACAUCGACUCCAUAGACACGAAUCGCCGGUACUUUCGGCGCCCAUACCUGUCAUCCAUAUGUCUAACGAUAUGCUGGUUGUGGACAAACCUCCGUCUAUUCCCAUACAUCCUUGUGGUAAAUACCGCCACAAUUCAGUGAUGCAUGUGUUGGCCAAAGAGCACAAUAUGACUGAUCUCUACAAUAUCCAUCGUUUGGAUCGAUUAACAUCCGGAGUACUACUGAUCGCCCGAAACACGUCCACCGCUCAGAAAUUUCACGAACAGAUCCGCAAUCACUUAAUAUCCAAAGAAUACGUUUGUCGAGUUGUCGGCAAAUUCCCAGAUGGUGUCGUGACCUGUGAUCAGCCGCUCGAAACCCUGUCCCACAAGAUAGGCAUCUGUAUUGUGGACCCGAAGGGCAAGUCCUGCAGCACUGCCUUCGAGCGACUCAACUAUAACGGCAAGAGUAGUACCGUAUUGUGUAGACCCAAAACAGGGCGUAUGCAUCAGAUCCGUGUUCACUUGCAAUACUUGGGUCAUCCCAUUGUCAACGACUCCUUCUAUAAUAACGAUGCGUUUGGGCCCCAGAAGGGAAAGGGAGGCGAAUACGGAAAGUCUAAAGAAGUGCUAAUCCAAGACAUUGAUAAACAACACCAACGAAUGCUUUAUCUCAUAUCAAAUGUCAGUGAAGUGUCAGCUGAAGAGCGAGAGAUAAACGAUAGGAAACGAGAGAUCGCCUUAAAAGCCUUACAUCACUACACGAAUCGAGAGGAAUGGCAUGCGUUGACUGAAAAAUACAAAUGCGACACAAAUCGGUUGAUAACAGACACCGAGUGCGAGGAGUGUGUGAACCGGACUAUUGAUCCAAACCCUAAGGAUUUACUCAUUUAUUUGCACGCAUUCUGUUAUAAAGGCCAAGACUUUGAGUAUAAGACGGCGCAUCCAGUCUGGGCUUUGGAUGAUUGGGAUUAUGAUUAA